AUGGCGACAAAUGGAUCACGCGCCGCCGCCACGCCGCCCUCAGUGCAGCGCCGCAUCCAGGCGACCACGAUCUGCUUCUCCAAGGAGGCCGCCCCCGCCGGCGAAUUCGCCGUGCGCGUGGUAUGCUACGCGACGCGUUCCACCGAGUUCUGGAGGCGCGGUGCCGAGCGGCCCCACGACGUGGUCUUGCAGAAGCACGCCGCCGGGAGCACCGCCACGACGUUCCUCGUCACCGACCUCGCCGUGCUCCGGAGCACCUCCGCCUGCCGCGGCGCCCUGCGCGGGAUGCUGGCGGAGCUCCAACAGAUCCGGUCGCUGCGCCUCGCAGAGGACGAGUGGGACGCCGUCGUGCCCGGGGACGUCCUGCCGGAGAUCGUCGGCGCGGCACGCCGCGGCAACGGCUUCACCUUCUGCUUGCUGAUGGAGGUGCACCGCCGGGUGAUACACGACGAGCGGGCUCUCACGAUGGCGUGCAAGGAGAAGCUGGCGACAACGGCGCCGGGAGAGAAGGACGACUGCGCGAUCUGCUUCAGUGGACUGCAUGGACUGGAGGGAGAGUCCGCCGUGGACCUGCCGGGCUGCAACCACGCGUUCCACCGCCGGUGCAUUUCCAAGUGGUUCUCCAAGGCGGCGACGUGCCCAUUGUGCCGGGGAGACGUCUGGUUCUCUGCUCUGCCGGAGCUCUUUAAGCUGUUUUCCACCGGCGAGCCGGCUUAA